AUGGCGUCUUCCUGGUGGUCAGAGUCUAGCAAUCAGACAACUUCCGAUACUCUACCCCAGAAGCCCUUGCAUUGGUCAGAUGACUGGGACGCGGCAACGGAACCUUUCCCAGAGCUCACCAUUGAACCACACAGUGCCGAGAGCACUGCGGAUAUCAUUGCACUGGAUUCUUCUGACCUUCAAUCAAAGGGUUAUCUUUCAUCGUCGCCCUGCAUCUCGGAAGACACGACUCUAUCUGACAAUGAUGCCUCAUCUCCCGAUAGCUCCAGUCCUGACCUGUCAGCAAGCGAGACGUCGUCUUCUGAAACAGAAUGGCGAGGUGGUGGCAAUCUCUGCAAACACAUUCCAGCAGCAAACAGGACACCUCCAGAGAUACUCUUCCAAAUCUAUGCCAUGCUAAGUCCUCGAGACUUUGACAACGCUCGACGAACAUGCUCGCAAUGGAUGCGUGCCAGUCUCCAUCAAAAGCUUCUUGAAAGUAUGUUGAAGAGGGCCGGCUGGUGGGAUGCGUGGCAACGUGAUUGCCAAACCUAUCAGCCUAUCGACGGUGUGGAGGAAAGUCUAGUUUGGCGAUUGAGCAAGCGUUUCUCGACCGAAUGUGUGCUAUCUGGUCGAAAGGUCAAUGUUGAAAAGAGCGGGUUUUUACCGACCGGCGUUGUAGAUUUUGGUCAGCUAUCUCGUGAAUCAUUGCCUAAGGAGUCCCCGGGCUUAUCACGGGAUAUGUUUAACGGUUCCGCGCCUCGACUCACAGCCGCCCUGCGGGAUCCCGCCUUUUCCCGAUCGAUCAAAUUCAGCGUCAGUACAUGUGGCCAUUAUGUUCUGGUUGCGACGGGGUGUAUGAUCUACGUGUACUACUUGGGCAACCGAAAGCGAGGUGACUCGGGGCCUCCUCGUUUAUCGGAGGCUACACCAGAGGACUUGUUCUUAGGGGAUAACGAUCUCGACAUCCUCCCCGUAUCAAGCAUUGGAUGUCCAUACGAAAUCCUGUCAGCCACAAUCGAUACCAGUACACCUAGGUUUGUGAUUGCUGCGUUGUUGCGAGGUCGAGUUGGCAUGAUCUGUGAUAUCAAGGGAGUCCCCGUUCACACUUCUCCCGAGCAGCCGUCACCUUUUCUACGUAAGCGCUCCUCGACCAGAGAAGACAUUCCUGCAGACCAGGCUAGAAAGAUGGACGAAUUCCGAGAUGCCAUUGCUUCCAGCGCAGUUGUUGAGCAGGCCACGACUAGUGGACGACCACCGAUGGGCCCUCGAACUGUUUCCACACGUCGCACGAUGAAUCGCCUAACGAGGGCACCGAGGAAAUACUUCCAUGAUAUUUGUUCGGUGGAGGAUCCUCCUCGCAGCGUAUCAAUCUGUCCUGGUCGUCGAUGUGUUGCGUUUGGAUGCGGUUCCGGUAUUGAGUUGCACUGGGUUGAUGAAAAAACACAAGAGGAUUCUAGGAAAAUGUUUCCACUUUCUCAACCAGCUGAGAUAUUGCACUUUUUGCCUAGUCGUGUCGAAAUUGACGAGGCCUCCAAGUUGCGAUUGAUCUCAUCACUAGCCGGUCCAGGUGCUUCAGGGUGCCAAUGUCAUCGUGCCGCGAACGGCGAAGAUGUUGUCUGCCAAUUCCAUCUUUCUUCUCGAGUCAAUGCAUUCACUCAUUGGACUCCACGGAAGAAUGGUCGUCUGAGUCUGGUAAAAGCAACGCAUUGUCACCAUUAUCGGGCAAUGCCGGUGAAUGAUGGUUUACAUAUUUUGUUUAUUGAGCCUGUCACUGGCUAUCUCUGCAUCGGAUCUGAUGCUCCAAUUGGCGGGCCAACAAACUUGACGCGUGCUAUGAUCUGUAUACCACCUUCUGAUCAAGGAUUGGAUACGGAAGAAGCACGAAUCCCAACUAUUUUUGCGGUAGGCUCGGACCUGAGCCGGGGUCUACGUAUUGUGGCUGCUUACCAAGAUCGCAUCAUUUUGUACACUGUACCCGUCGAUGUGUAUAAUGUCCUUCGACGAGAGCGACAAUUGCAAGGUGACAACGUUAUGGGUGAUAGUGACUUGGCGCGCGAUUGGUUCCUUGACAACGAACGCAAUUCGAAGCGUCGCGGCAGUCUAGCGCAGAACCAGAACGGCGACUGGGAGUUUUUAUUGCGAGUUAGUUAUCGACCCACAGCUAUGCUCUGGCCGUUAAAAAUUUACGGCAAGGAAAUUGGGCGCAUGGACAAGGUCGUCGACUUUUCAGUCCAGACAUCGAAUGGCGGAGUCCGGGUCUGGGCAUUUGGUGCGUCGGGCGAGGCACGUAUAUUCGAUAUUGAUACGUAUACCACCAAGACACGGCUUGCCAUGCAUGUUGCCAUCAAAGCUUUGAAUGUAGCUUCCGAUGGUAGCAUUGGGUCUGCGUCCUUUAUGGACCGCGCGGAGUCUGGUCUUUUAUCGCCGCUACCAAUCAAGGCCUCACGGAAACGAAAGCACCUCAGCCAGCCUGCAGCAUUUGAUCGGAAGUUAUUGAGCAUGUGGAAUAGCAGCAAUACAACAUCUACCCACAAAGAUAACGAUACAGUCGCCCCCGAAGCCGGGCCAACAUCCUCAUCCUCAAGGCCGCCAACUGGAAUAAGCGCCAGAACCGACCGGCGCCAAUCCUUCGCCGCAUGCAUAAUGGAUCUGAGAAUCCCCGAACUCGGCACCCGAGACGGUCAAUGGACGGAUCCCAAUCGUGCAUCGACAGUCCCGUCAACUCCGGCCUGUGGACCCGAGACCGCCGAAUUCCACGACGUAGCUUCUUACGAUCCUAAGGAGAUUCGGAAGUUUUAUACUGUUUGGUCCACCUCUGCAUCAAAACCAUCUCCUGGUCGAUGGCGAUGA